AAUAAUCUCAGACCAGUCCAGUUACAGCCUACAGGCAUCUUCUUCACACGAAGCCUGUCAAGAGUAGGCACCCCAGUGGCGCAAGCUUGGAGCUCUCCUGCCCGAGGGGACGAGCCCUCGCGCCACGCGAUCCUCCGGCGCCGGUGGCCAUGGAUUCCGGCAAAGGAACCAUAGGGCGGGAGGCGCAGCGGCGGUCGUGGGCGGACAUCCCCGCGGACAUCAUCGGGGUCGUGGUCGGGCGCCUCCCCAGCGUCGAGGACCGCGCCAGGCUUCGGUCCGUCUGCCAGGCGUGGCGCGCCGCGGCGCGCCUCCACCGCCCGCCGCCGCCGCUCCCCCUGCUCGUGCUCUCCAACCUCGCGUUCUCCGGGUUCUGCGUCGACGGGGCCAUGUCGGAGACGCGCCGCAUCCCGCUGCCCGUGGAGGUGGUGGCGGCGGCAGCUGGCGAUCUCCGCUGCGUGGGAUCGUGCGAAGGAUGGCUCGCCGUGGUGCGGCAGAAGAAAGCUCGCUACUUGGGCGAUGGCGCGUGUUUCUUGGUGAACCCUUUCUCUCGGGAAGUCGUCAAUCUCCCGCCACCUUUCGUGUCCACCCAUCUCGUCGACGUCUACACCAGAUCGCUGCCCAUCAUCAAUGGCUCCGGCGUGGUGGAUUGCACGAUCCACGCCGCGCAGUAUGUGAUGUCGUUCUGCAAGGUGAUCCUGUCCUCUCCACCUGGCUCCGGCUCAGCGUACACGGUGGCCGCCAUCUCCGUGCACAGGAACGGAGCUAAGCUUGCUCUCUGGAGACCUGGGAUGACGUCGUGGUGCAUUUGCUAUGGGGGCUGCAUCAGUAAGUUCAGUGAUGUUGCCUUCUACCAGGGGAAGUUCUACAUUCUCAGCAAGCUCACCACGAACCUCUUUGCGUUUGAGAUCACGGAGGAUGAUUGCGGGAUGAUGGUUUCUCGUGUUGAGAGGUGUGUCACUGAGCUGCCCCAGGUUAAGGAUAGCUAUGGACAGAGGUGGAACAUGGUAGAAUGGCAUGGGAAAUUGUUGCUAGUUGUCAGAUACAUCGGUGGUUCUGAAGGUUGGCACAACAUUUGCAAGGUUAGCGUAUUCGUGAUGGAUGUAAGCACAAACCCUUUCAGAUUCACUGAGAUCAACAGCUUGGAUGGCGAUUGCAUCUUCAUUAGCCCAUGUAGUAGCAUGUCAUUUCUUGCAUGUCAGUAUGAUGGAAUUGAAGAUGAUCUUGUCUACUUCAUUGAUGGUUACCUCUUCCCUGCAAAAAAUGGCCCCCCUUUUGACAGGUUUGUGUACAACAUGAGGGAUUGUACACUGGCACCUUUCGCUGCAGACAUAUCGGAUGACAACUUUCGAGCACCAGAUGGCAGGUUGAUGAGCCCAACAUGGUUCUUUCCUUCUGAAUGAACUGCUCAAGAUCAAUUCUGUUCCUAAUGCAUCAUGAAUGUAUAGGAUACCUUGAUGCUGCUUGGAUUUAGCACCAUUGCUUUGCUCUUUGAGAAACGAAAACAAGUGUGUUGGUGUAUCUGAUGUCUCAGUGGUUUCACACUCGUGGGGCAAGUCUCAUGGUGGUAUUUCAUCUUUUGUACUUAUGGUACUAGAAUAUUCUGCUGUCUUUUGUGGGUGAGGUUCCUAGACGUAUGAAUACCAUGACAAAUUUUCAAGAGGGUGUCUAAUAUGAUAGAACAUUAUGCUGUCACUAUGAAAGUAUGAAAUACGAUAUCAAUUCUUUUCC